UGUCUGAAGGGACGCUGCUGGUGUUUUGUGGGUAUCCACAUCUCCCCCAUUCCCGUCAGGAGCAGUGUGCAGCGGGAGGUGCGGCUGGGAUGCGUGCUGGCUGUCGUGAUGCCUGCGCACCACCUGAAGGGAAUGAACCAAACCAAGGUUAUUCUGUGACAGUCCUGUGCCUGGGUGUCACCUUGAGGAUAUUUGCAAACCAGAGUAAAAAUACGGGGUUUAGAGACAAAACCUGUUCUUCAACUUCCGCAGUUGUUAAAAACUAAGGAGCCAUUUCAAACCUUAACGCAGUCUGGCUCUGCAUCUCGGAAUUUGUUUCCAGAGAGCUGCCGAGGAGGCUUUUGGAUGAACUCGGACGCCCACAUUCCAGAGCCAGAUGCUCUCGGGGUUGAGGCGAGUCGGGUGUUCCUCUCUGCUGGCUUUGGCUGAGCACGGGCUGUAGCUGCCAGGAGCUGGUUCCAUUAACCUUCAUUAACUGGGGCAUCCCCCCAGCUGAGCUGCGGGGCUGCAGCUCAGGGCUUCCUCUGGGUGAUGCCUGUCCCCGCUGCGCGGCUGCUGGAAGGAGCUGGCAGCAAUGGCAUUCCUCACCAGCGCAGCCGGCAGCAGCCUGCGCUGAAGACAAGCAGGGAGUGAAGCGGGGAGCAGCACUUCCAACCCAGGAGCUGGCUGUGGGCAGUUUGGGAGCAGCACUUCCAACGGGAGAGCUGGCUGCGUGCUGGAGUUUGCAUCCGAGUCCUAACAUCAACCAGAAAGAAAUCUCUCAAGAUUGAGUCUUUUUCAGUAAAGAAAAGAUAAAAUGGCUUCAAUGCUGCUUAGUCGACAGCUGACCUGUUGCCUGCAGCAAAACUCCAGAUUGCUGGUAUUUGGACACAGGUAUAUCAGUCAGGCUGCAGCUAAAAUUGACGUGGAUUUUGAUUAUGAUGGACCUCUGAUGAAGACAGAAGUUCCUGGACCACGAUCCAGAGAAUUAAUGAAGAAGCUGAAUGGCAUUCAGAAUGCAGAAGCUGUGCACUUCUUUUGCAAUUAUGAAGAGAGCCGAGGGAACUACCUCGUAGAUGUAGAUGGCAAUCGUAUGUUGGAUCUCUACUCCCAGAUUUCUUCCAUCCCAAUAGGUUACAGCCAUCCGUCUCUGAUAAAGCUUUUGCAGCAGCCACAGAACCUGAGCACUUUUAUCAACAGACCUGCCCUAGGGAUUUUACCUCCAGAGAACUUUACAGAAAAACUGAAGGAGUCUUUGCUCUCAGUGGCUCCUAAGGGUCUGUCACAGGUGAUGACCAUGUCCUGUGGAUCCUGCUCUAAUGAAAAUGCCUUUAAAGCAAUAUUCAUGUGGUACAGAAACAAGGAGAGGGGCCAUAAUAAUGUCACAAAAGAAGAACUGGAAUCUUGCAUGAUUAAUCAGCCCCCUGGCUGCCCCGACUACGCCAUGCUCUCCUUCAUGGGCGGCUUCCACGGCAGGACCCUGGGUUGCUUAGCUACAACUCACUCUAAAGCAAUUCACAAACUGGACAUUCCCUCACUGGACUGGCCUAUUGCUCCAUUUCCAAGGCUAAAGUAUCCCCUGGAAGACUUUGUGAAAGAGAAUCAACAGGAAGAAGCCCGUUGUUUAGAGGAGGUGGAAGACCUGAUUGUAAAGUACAGGAAAAAGAAGAAGAUUGUGGCUGGAAUCAUUGUGGAACCGAUACAGUCAGAGGGUGGGGACAAUCAUGCUUCAGAUGACUUCUUCAGAAAGCUACGAGAUAUUGCCAGAAAGCAUGGCUGUGCUUUCCUGGUGGACGAGGUGCAGACGGGAGGCGGCUGCACUGGGAAAUUCUGGGCACACGAGCACUGGGGCCUGGAUGACCCAGCUGAUGUGGUAACAUUCAGUAAGAAGAUGAUGACAGGAGGAUUUUUCCACAAAGAGGAGUUCAGGCCAAAUGCUCCCUAUCGGAUUUUUAACACCUGGCUUGGAGAUCCAUCCAAGAACCUUAUGCUUGCUGAAGUUAUUAAGGUUAUUAAAACAGAAGACCUUCUAAACAAUGCAACCCAUGCUGGGAAAGCACUGCUGACUGGGCUGCUGGAUUUGCAGGCUCGUUACCCCCAUCUCAUCAGCAGAGUGAGAGGAAGAGGAACCUUCUGUUCGUUUGACACUCCAAAUGAUGCAACUAGAAACAAGUUAAUUACAAUAGCCAGAAACAAAGGUGUUGUUCUGGGAGGCUGUGGAGACAGAUCCAUUCGUUUUCGUCCAACACUGAUCUUCAAGGAUCACCACGCGCACCUCUUCCUGAACAUUUUCAGUGACAUCCUAGCAAACUUCAAGUAAAAAGCAGUUCCCUCGCACUGAACAGCUGAUUAUGAAAUUAGUUUGCAUUAAUUCAUGUCUUCUCUACUUACAAGAUAAGUGUAAAGUCAUAAACUGAGGUUUGUGUUCUGUCUGUAAUCCUGCCCAAGGCAAGCUGCUCCAUGCACACGUGCCUCAGGCAGAGCAUUGGCACUGGUCACCAGCAGGUACAUGCAGCUGUCCCUCACUGUGCAUUCCCUAGAAAAUGUGGCCUGAUGCACUCCCUAGAACCUCCCUCUUCUGGCCUGGGCCAUGUUAACUGCAGAGUCCUCCCUACAGCCAUGUCCCUGACUCUCCGCUGUCUGAACAGGACCUGGUACAGUCUGUUUCCACAGGUGACCCUGGUAGAUUUGUGUCCAGAAGCAACAACAACUGUGGCCAAACACGCAGAGCCACACGCCUGCCACACAGAGAGUGCCAUUCUCUAAUGGCAGCUGGAAUAAAAUCAGUGUUUCAAGGAAAGCUCUACUUUCCACCACUGCCAAGCACAGUAUUUUAAAGAAUAAUUUCCAGCUUUAUUCCCUCGAGUACAGGCAUCUGCCACACCAACUGCAUCAGGGCACUGUCAGCUCUGCCCAGCCUGCACUCACUGCUUCAGGGGCACUGGUGCCCUCAGCCACACCUGCAGUGCUGCUGCAAGUGGCACUGAAGCCCUUGUCCUUUUGUCCUCAUCAUGGAUGAGUUUUAAAACUUUUGACUUCUCUUACAAGCAGACUUGUACGGAGAAAACUCUACCCUGAAGUAUAUAAUUUGACAAAGCUUAGAGAACCAUGCAAAGCACAUUCUUCCACUUCUGCCAGCAGUCUAGAAUGAUUCCAGAUUAUUUUACUAUUUGCCCAGAACACACAAUAGCCAUUAAUCUAUCUAUUACAACUUCUACACGAAUGAAUACUUGAGGUAUUUUGUAAAACUAAAGCAGAAGUGCUUUAUCUUAGCCAUUAUCUGGUAUCAGAGCCACUACAGUGAAGGCCUAGUCCUGACUGCACAUUUAUAAUGCAAAGUAAUUCUAUUUUUGUUCUAAUAGUAUAUUCAAAGUCAUCAAUACUUCAGAGAUCUUCUAGAAAGCCACAGGAUCAAAAAAAUGUGUCAACAGUUCAUUAAUUUGUUUCUCUUCAGAGAAUUGUUUUGGAUGUCUCUUUACUGUUUGCUGAAGGCUGACUUGAACUAGAUCUGGUGCCUUUCUUUUUCUUGGUGAGCAUCUGGAUUUUGUUUACUAAGUUUAACUUUUUGUUGUGCACCAAAAACAGGGACCACAAUGGACUUUACAGUUGCCCUAUCAGGACCUGACCACAAUUUUUAAGUACAUAAUAAGAGACAGAGAAGUUAAAAGAUUUACAUGUUUAAUACAGCUACCAAAAUGUGAAAAGGUUCCUUACCUGCUUUGAGAAGCGUUAAUCAUGGUUUUCCCAUUUUGAAGUACUGGUAUGGGAAACUCGAGCACAGUCACUUCUGCCAGCUUUAAACCCAGUGGGAUUUCUGUAAACCUCUGCAGAAAGCAGAACUCUGGUACCAGCUGGGCAGAACCUGAGCAGGUUUUUGAACAGAGGUUGUAGAAAUCUGGGGGAAGGACCGGUAAAAAUUGGUGUUCAACAAAACCUCAUUGUCAUUGCUGUCCUCGUAAGCGUAUUAUCAGCAAAAGGAAAGUCAAACCAAGAACUGGAUUUGACAGCAUUUUGGGAAUUAGUUUGUUCAACAUAUCAGUGCAGUAGUUUUAGUGAAUGUCUCUAGCAAGUCUUGUACUUUUACAGAAGCAAAGGUCCAGUAAUUUGAAGUCUUACCACGUCUUCACUUUUAUUAUAACUACUCUAGGUGUUUUUAUAAUUUUUACUGACACUCAGUAACUGUAUAAUUGUGUACAACAUGUUGAUGAAAUCGUUAGAGAAUACAUAGAAAGCACUGCAGCUGAAGCAUAUAAAGUUAAUAUUGUUUACAGCAUACUGUGGACAGUGCCAAAUAAAUGUUUAAACAAAUACUUAAGUACACUUCAUGGUGUAACUAGUAACUGUACACAGAUUCAUAACAAAUGACAUCAAUCGUGUAAUCAAUAUUCUUAAAUAAAAUAUUUAUAAUUGAA